AGCCUUAUAGAAAGGAGGAUGUUACUCCAUAUAUGCAUAUUCUUACAAUGCAUGUACCUUUUUUUUUGCGUAAAUUAAACAACCAAGGUCUUUCAUUUAGAUUAUUUUCAACAAGUAGCAUUGAAAAAAAAAAUCAUGAACAAGUCAAGUUGUUUUUUGGUGGCACUAGAAUGGGAGGUGGUAACAAAACAAAGCCUGUUGCUUAUGAUAUGAUGGUAUUUGAAAAUAGGCAAAUAUUUUAUUUGCUUAAUAAAGUUCCAAAAGAAAUUACAUUACAUGUUGUACGUGAAAAUGAAAUUAUGGUAAAGUAUCUCUAUGUUGUGACUUUGUGA